AUGCCGGUCCAAAAGACAGACAUACCCAAGGCAUCACACGCACCGACAGGUCCAUCUGAACCCUCGUCUCUCACACAAGGCUCAGCGAGCAGGCGGAAUCAGGUGUACGAUAUGCUCAGCGUUGGCCUCGGUGUAGCAGCGAAUGUUGCAGAGGGGUCAGAUGUACUCGCACCACUGAAAGCAGCUUCUCUAACGACGAAAUCGAUCCUUGAAGUUAUGCAGUCGGUCGAGAGCAAUCAGGAGGAUUGGACCAACCUCAAGCGCCGCCUGAAGGAUUACAUGUCUGUGGUCGAGGAACAAAUCACCUUGUUUGAGACAUAUCCUCCCGCAGACAGAGUCGUCGAUACGGCCAUUAGUCAACCGCUCAUCCGCUAUGUCGAAUACCUCGAAGUUAUGCAUGACAGGGUUGUCAAUCUACAGGAGAAACGCAAACGCAGCAAACUCGGCUUCUUGAAAGCGAUCAGCAAGGUGAAGAUUGACUCCGGGGAGAUUCGCCAAUUCAAUCAAGAUAUUGAAGACCAGCAUAGGCAGUUUAUGGGAGCAUUGAACCUCUUUACAGCAUUACGCGUUCAAGCCAUGGAACGGAAUAUGGCGAUACUCCAGCUACCAGCUGUAGCAUUCAUUGCGUCUUCAGUUCACACCACUUGUUUGCAAGGAACGCGUAAAGCCGUUCUCAAGGCAAUAUCAGAGUGGGCUGAGGACGAUAAGUCGGACAAGUCCAUAUUCUGGCUGUGUGACAUAGCCGGCUCCGGCAAAUCUACAGUCGCAAUGUCCGCAGUAGAGGCAUGGACGGAGAAAGGAGUGCUCGGUGGCCAAUUCUUCUUCUCUAUCUCAAGCAGUGAAGGAUCAACCACCGAAAAGUUUUGUUCCACUAUUGCGAGAGACCUCGCCAACUACAUCCCGGAGCUCGCAACGCAUGUGGCAGAGGCUGUAAAGCAAACCCCGUCAUUGAUGCGCGCCUCUCUCAGCGACCAAUUUCAGAAACUCGUCGUUCAUCCUGUCCGUCAUCGACAGCGGCCCAUAAUUCUCGUCGUUGACGCCGUUGACGAGUGCAAGUCCGUAUCACAACGCAGAGAGCUUCUUGAGGUUCUUUCAGCUGCGGUCCAAGAAAGCAACAAUAUCAAAAUAUUCAUGACAAGCCGGCCAGACUCUGUCAUUGAGGCCGUCUUGGGGCCGCUUUCGAUCAAAGCCAAGCUGGCAGAUCGUCUGCACGAUGUCAGCCAUAGUGAUAAUAUCGAUGAUGUCGCUGUGUAUGUUCAUCGAUCACUCGAUGGAGUGCUACCAGAGGACAAGAGACAGCGACUGGUUGAAAAAGCCAGAGGGUUGUUCAUUUGGGCAAGCACUGCCUGCCGGAUACUCAAGAGCGAGACCAAUUUGGAUACCACGGAGGAUAUCUAUAACGAUCUGCUCUCAGUGGACAAGAUGGGAGACAUAGAUGACGUAUAUCACCUCGUCUUCCGGCGCGUAGAUUCAAAGUCCCACCAGACCAUGUGCAGAAUGCUUGCUGUACUCCUUACAGCAUUCGAGCCUCUCACCGUGGACGAGUUAGAAGGCCUUCUGAAGCAUGCUGAUGCACGCGGAAGUGUCAAGGCCUUAAUGCAGAAUCUGGGAAGUGUGCUUAUCAUGGAUGAGACUAUAAAUCUGAUUCAGUUUCGUCAUCCGACUCUUAUCGAGUACCUUCGACGCUGUGCUAUCCCUCCAGCCUCUAAUGAGGAUAGAAUAUAUCUCAACGUCGCCGAGGCACAUGGGCAGACCGUAUCAUGGUGCUUCAAAUGUCUGGAGUCGCGGACGGAGGGCCUCAAGUUCAAUAUAUGUCGAAUUGAGUCCUCGUUCAAUCUCAAUAGGGAGAUCCAGGACCUUGACGCGAAAGUAUCCAAGUUCAUUCCAAGAAGACUUCGAUAUGCUAGCUCGCAUUGGUCGUUCCAUUUUGCAGAAACCAAUGAUAAGUGGCGAAACACGCUGAGGAGCGAACUCCAACAGAUGGUUCAAAGCCCAUACGUUCUAUACUGGAUAGAGAUCCUGAGCCUCACCGGAGGAGUACUACGGGCAAUUGCCGGCCUUCGAGCUAUUACUCGCCACGCAGGAAUCGAAGAGACGACUAGAAGCAAGAUACAUGAUAUCCGGCGCUUUAUGACGACAUUCUUCAUACCUAUCCAGGACAGCGCUCCACAUAUUUACGUUUCGGCACUUCCGUUUACUCCUAAAAAGUCCCCUAUACAUAUCGAGGGACUAAAGAGAUUCAAGAACACCUUGGCCGUGACCCAAGGAGUUGAGCCCAUGUAUCCUGGGCUGCCCACAAUGCUGCGAGGUCACGAGCACUCAGUCAUGACUGUGAAAUUCUCGCCAGAUGGCUCACGAAUCAUCUCUGGCUCGCUGGACAAGACGAUCAGAAUGUGGGAUGCAGAGACUGGCCAACAGUUGGGAAAGCCAUUCGAAGGCCACGAAGACUGGGUCUUGGCCGUCGAGUUUUCUCCUGAUGGCUCACAAAUUGUCUCUGGCUCGAGAGAUCAAACAGUCCGAGUGUGGGAUGCAGCGACCGGUCAUUUGCUAGGAGAGCCACUCAUAGGCCACGAAGGCGAAGUUUCCGCCAUCGCAAUCUCGCCAGACAGUUCGUACAUAGUUUCUGGCUCGUCCGAUAAAACAAUCCGACUGUGGGACGCAGCCACUGGCAAGUCGCUGGGAGAACCACUCGUAGGCCAUGAGUAUGCAGUCGAGGCGGUCGCGUUCUCACCAGACGGUUUGCGAGUCAUUUCUGGCUCGGACGAUGGGACGAUCCGACUCUGGGAUGUCGAUACUAGGAAGCCACUGGGAGAGCCAAUCGAAGGCCAUGAAGAUGCAGUCAGGGCAGUCGCAUUCUCUCCAGACGGUUUAUUAAUUGCGUCGGAUCGAAGGAUAACACCAUCCGACUAUGGGAUGCGAAGACUGGUCAGCCGUUGGGAGAUCCGUUUGAAGGGCACAGGUCCUCAGUUGUGGCCGUUGCAUUUUCUCCAGACGGUUCACGAAUCGUUUCUGGAUCAUGGGAUUAUACUCCGGCUGUGGGAUGUAAAUACCGGCCAGCCUUUAGGAAGGCCGUUCGAGGGUCAUGAAGAGGGGGUCUACACUGUGGCAUUCUCUCCAGAUGGCUCACGAGUCAUCUCUGGCUCGAAUGAUGACACGAUCCGAUUGUGGGACGCAGAAACUGGCCAGCCAUUGGGAGAGCUACUCGAAAGCGAAGAUGAUACGGUGAACGCAGUGCAAUUCUCGCGAGAUGGCUCACGGAUCGUCUCUGGCUCAAAUGACGGGAUGGUCCGAGUGUGGGAUGCAGUGACCGGUCAGUUGCUGGGAGAACCACUCUUCGGUCACCUAGACCAUGUUUUGGCCGUCGCAUUCUCUCCAGAUGGUUCACGCAUCGCCUCUGGUGGAGCGGACAAGUCGAUCUACUUGUGGAAUGUGGCGACUGGAGAUGUAGAAGAGUUAAUAGAAGGCCAUAUAAGCGGAGUCUGGGCGAUAGAAUUCUCGCCAGACGGUUCGCAAAUCGUUUCUAGCUCGGGCGACGGGACGAUCCGAUUGUGGGAUGCUGUUACAGGUCAGCCCUUAGGAAGACCGCUUAAGGGCCACGAAAGCAGUGUCUACGCUGUCUCAUUCUCUCCGGACGGUUCCCGACUUGUGUCUGGCUCGGCCGACCAGACAAUCCGACUGUGGAAUACAAAGACUGGCCAGCCUUUAGGAGAGCCACUCGAAGGCCAUGACGACACAGUAUGGGCCGUAGAAUUCUCUCCGAACGGCUCUCAAAUCGUUUCCGGCUCGAGUGACGGGACAAUCCGACUGUGGGAUGCCGAGGCUAGGAAACCAUUGGGAGAACCACUCAAAGGCCAUGAAGGCGCAGUUUGGGAUGUAGCAUUCUCACCAGAUGGCUCAAAAAUUGUCUCCUGCGCGGAAGACAAAGGGAUUCAGUUGUGGGAUGCAACGACCGGCCAGCCGUUGGGAGAUUUCCUCAUAGGCCAUGUAGGCUCAGUAUCGGCUGUCGCAUUCUCGCCAGAUGGUUCACGCAUUCUCUCUGGCUCAGCAGAUAACACAAUAAGAUUGUGGAAUAUCGACACUGAUGUGGAGGCAGAAGAAUCCAACGCGGAUACUUCAGAGUCCAACGCGGAUACUUCAGAAUCCAACGCGGAUACUUCAGAAUCCAACGCGGAUACUUCAGAAUCCAACGCGGAUACUUCAGAAUCCAACGCGGAUACUUCAGAAUCUGAAGACUCAGGUUCCAGCGGGGAUUUGGGGGAUGCUCCCGUCGAGAUCGAGGUUCCUGGAUUCGAACAGUGCUUACUGAUGCCAGACGGUUGGGUGAAAUCUUCCGGUAACAUUCUCUUUUGGGUACCACCGGAUAACCGACACGGGCUACAAUACCAACAUAUUCUGACUCUCCCAACGACGAGUUCGUUCCGUGCAACCAAAAUCGACUUCACCCGUUUCCAAUGUGGUCCAUCUUGGACAAGUGUUAGUGUAAAUAAAUAG